GGCGGAUGGCGCUUGCGCUACUCGCCUCCGGAAGUGACGUGCAGAAGGGUGCCCGGGACAAAACCAUGGCCCAGGAGGCGGCGGAAUGGCCGCCGGAGGAAACGCUGUCACUGUGGAAACGGGAGCAAGCUCGGCUGAAGGCCCGCGUCGUAGACAGGGACACCGAGGCGUGGCAGCGAGACCCCGCCUUCUCGGGUCUGCGGAGGGUCGGGGGCGUUGACGUGUCCUUCGUGAAAGGGGACAGUGUCCGCGCUUGUGCCUCCCUGGUGGUGCUCAGCUACCCUGAGCUCGAGGUGGUGUACGAGGAGAGCCGCAUGGUCAGCCUCACAGCCCCCUACGUGUCGGGCUUCCUGGCCUUCCGAGAGGUGCCCUUCUUGCUGGAGCUGGUGCAGCAGCUGCGGGAGAAGGAGCCGGGCCUCAUGCCCCAGGUCCUUCUUGUGGAUGGAAACGGGGUGCUCCACCACCGAGGUUUUGGGGUGGCCUGCCACCUUGGCGUCCUUACAGACCUGCCUUGCGUUGGGGUGGCCAAGAAACUUCUGCAGGUGGAUGGGCUGGAGAACAACGCCCUGCACAAGGAGAAGAUCCGACUCCUGCAGACUCGAGGAGACUCGUUCCCUCUGCUGGGAGACUCUGGGACUGUCCUGGGAAUGGCCCUGAGGAGCCACGACCGCAGCACCAGGCCCCUCUACAUCUCCGUGGGCCACAAGAUGAGCCUGGAGGCAGCUGUGCGCCUGACUUGCUGCUGCUGCAGGUUCCGGAUCCCAGAGCCCGUGCGCCAGGCUGACAUCUGCUCCCGAGAGCACAUCCGCAAGUCGCUGGGACUCCCCAGGCCACCCACACCGAGGAGCCCGACGCAGAGGCCAGUGGCAUGCCCCAGAGGAGACUCUGGAGAGUCCUCAGGGGAGGGCCGGCCCCCACAGGACCACAGCCCAGGCCCUAGGACAGCCCCAAGGCCAAGCUCCCAGGAGCAGGAGGGCAAGGACUGGCAGUAGGGUGGAACUGGGCGCCAUGAAGACACGAAGGCCACUGGCCACCUUGUUCUGGCCUCAGGACACUGACCACCCCUGGGGGUGGUCUAAGGACUUAGGGGAACCUCACCUCAGCCGCAGGUAGAGUACCCAGUCCCCAGAGACAGGCUGACCGCACCGCCCCUGGGGGACGCCGCAGCACAGCCCAGUGCCAGGUGGGGUAGAGGUGACCACAGCCCCUCUUCGCCCCGUCAUCGGCUGCUCAGCUGUGGUCACGGUGCUCAGAGGACAGAUCUCUACGGGGGCAAGUACCAGACCCUGAGAGUGCACGAGACGCUUUCCUGGAGCCCACAAAGGGGAGUCAGACUACAGCCUGCACGAGCCCUGCAGCCUCUGCUUUGCCCGCCCCUUUCGAUAGAUAGGACUUGCUUGCUCUUUUUUUUCUUCUCAGGGUUCAUUUUUUUAUUUUACUUAUUUGUUUGUUUGAUUA